AUGGAGGAGUGGAGGGCAACUGCUGAGGAAUGUACGAACGGCAGCAGUGACAGCAGUUUCGAUGUCAAAUUCAGACUGCUCACAUGUCAAGACACGAGAGUGUUGACGAAUCGAAACGAAAUUGGCCAAUAUUGGCUUCUGAGGGAACGUUUCGGUUUUCCAACGGAAACCACUAGCGAUGAAACGAUACGGUAUUUGGACGUGAACAUUAAUUGGAGAUACUGGCAAGAAUACAAUCACAUACAUGGUGAUAGACACCGCCAACUUCACCAUCGUUCAUAUCCGAGUUGUGCUUCGUAUCGAGAGUAUGAAGGCGAAAAGCAGAUCAAUGCAAUGCAAACACCAUGUUGUUCAGCAACAUCACAGAGUAGGUAA